AUGGCCCCGAUUAUCGAUCUCGCACCUGUGAUGUGCCACCUGGGUGCAUAUCUAACCAUCAUUCUUUAUCACACUCGACGCCAGAUUCGGAUCUAUAGCAAGAUAUUCUCUAAACACAGAGCAUCUCUUAUCCUUCAUAUUAUCACCGGCAUUACAGAAUUGUCUCGAUACCACAUCACCAAAACACGACUUGGCCACGAUAAUAUCCUUCCUGAACCCCUAGACGUGAUGUCUUGCAUUAUCUGGGGCUGUACCAGCGUGGUCCUUGUAAGGACACUCCGUCGCGGCGAUCCAAUUACCACCCGGCCACCCUAUCAAGUCGGUGCAAUACUACGCCCUGUCCUCUCUAUCACAUCAUAUCUGCUCAAACUGCCUGACCUACACAAAGUAUCUAUAUCUGCACUAGAUAGUUUCCUUUACGCACGACUAGGGAUCUUCUUCUUUACCUACACGCCGUAUCUACGUGGAUACUCCUCCAGCGCGAUUUAUUCGCUCUCCAUCCCCUUGGCCGCUGUUUUCUCUAUCCAUGAAAGUUGUGUUCCUGGCGCCUCCUUGGUGUUUAUCCUUGCGGUGGCCGGCGUUGCAAAAGUCAACGAGUGGGUCACGCAUCGAUCAAGAAUUUUGGAAAAAUGCGGACCCAAGUCACAGAUGGAUAUGCUCGAAGGAUAUGUACUCUCGGGGCUACUCUAUCUUGGGUUUGCGGAUCUAGACAGGUUGCGAGAAGUCUCCAAAAACAACGCACUGACGAAACCUCUUGCGGAUGAAUACGUUCCAAAAAAAGAAUCUCUCACUUGA